AUCUUAUCUUGUUUGCCCUUUAUAGACUUACCUCUUAAAUCCGUACUUGACUUUUUUCGGACUUUUGCUUUCCUGGAAGAGUUCAACAUGUCCGCAGUGAGGCUGCUCCUGUCUUGUCUGCUUUUCAAAGAGCUGGUCGCGCUGUCAGGGAACUUUUGGCACAUCACGGAUCUGCACUGGGACCCAACAUACAAACUAAGCGAUAAUCCUGAACUUGUGUGCGCAUCAAGCGGCAAACAACCUGCGGCCAAUGCGGGGAAGUAUGGAGAUUAUGUUUGUGACUCGCCAUGGCUCCUUAUAAACUCCUCUGUAUAUGCCAUGAAGGAUAUUCUACCAGACCCGGACUUCAUAGUAUGGACAGGAGAUGACACACCACAUGUACCUAAUGAAGAUCUAGGUGAAGAAGCAGUGCUCCACAUUAUCAGCAACCUAACACACAUUAUAAAUCAGGUGUUUCCAGAAACUAAAGUGUACUCUACCCUGGGUAACCAUGACUACCACCCAAAGAGCCAACUUCCAGCAGCCCCAAACUACAUAUAUAACCGAACAGCAGAGAUGUGGCAGGACUGGUUGGAGCCACAGUCCAGAGAGACUUUUAUAAAAGGUGGAUAUUACACAGAAAAGCUACUAAAUCGAGCAGGUUUCAGGAUGCUGGUCCUCAACACUAAUCUCUACUAUGACCAGAACAAGGUGACCCAGGACACGGAGGACCCAGCAGGCCAGUUUAGCUGGGCGGAUCGGGUUCUAACAGAGGCUGCCAACAACAAAGAAAAGGUGUACAUCAUCGGCCACGUUCCCCCAGGUUUCUUCGAGAAGAAGAGAAACAAGCCAUGGUUUAGGCCUCAAUUCAACAAGCUAUACUUGGAUUUAAUCCAGAAGCAUCAUUCAGUCAUACAUGGACAGUUCUUUGGCCAUCAUCAUACCGACAGCUUCCGAAUGUUCUACAACUCAAAGGGCUCUCCUAUCAGCACAAUGUUCCUCAGCCCUGGUGUCACACCAUGGAAAACAACUCUUCCUGGAGUAGUGGAUGGAGCCAACAACCCUGGGAUCCGUGUCUUUGAAUAUGACACUCAAACACUCCUGGUCAAAGAUGUGGUGACACACUAUCUGAACCUGACACAUGCUAAUGCAGCCCGCGGCCGCUGGGAGAAGGAGUAUCGCCUCACAGAGAGUUUCAGAGUACCAGACGCUUCCCCAGCCUCCAUGCAUCAGGUUCUGGAGCAUAUUGCUAAUAAUCAUUGCUACCUACAGAAGUACUACGAGUUCAACUCUGUCAGCUAUGACCUGACGGAGUGUCACAGAGACUGCCGUGUUGAUCACGUGUGUGCAGCCAGAGAGGUAGACUUUGAGAGGUAUGAGCAUUGUCUGGAAAAAGAAGGGGCAGCUGCCAUUUAUGGUGGGCUGCUGCCGUUCCUCUCUGUGGCUCUGAGUCUGAUGUUGGCCAAUCGGUAAUGAUCAUCUAUCACAGAUCAUUGUGGCUAAGUAAAUAUUUAACAGUUACUAUCACAGGAUGUUUUCAUGUUCUAAAUCAUAGACAUCUGUCAUUUAGGUGAGUCAUGCAUAUACUAAUGCAGGUAACAAACAACCUUUGGCUUCAGCAAUCUUAGAUGUGGCCUCUUGACCUUGGUUCAUUGGUACUGGCUGAAUACUUCAUUUCCAGUCAAUAGAAAAAACUAUGAUGUAUUCAUUAGGCUCAAGAGGCUACAGUACAUUCAGCUGUGAUGUUCUGGAUGAAAUCCAGACUUUUGUCAAAUGUUCUUUACCCCAAACAUUCCCGUCAGACUCUGCUGUAUCUAUUUAAUAAAAUCGGAUACGACUAAAACA